AUGCCCGCCCGCAAAGCCCUCAUCGCCGUAACCUCCGCCAGCGCGCCCCUCUUCAACGGCGCCGAAACAACCGGCCUCUUCAUCGUCGAAGCCCUACACCCCUACAAGGCCCUCACAGCCGCCGGAUUCGACGUCGACCUCGCCUCCGAAACCGGCAGCUACACGCCCGACUGGCUCUCGCAGCAACCCGACUUCCUGAACGGCGAGGACCUAGCGAUCUGGAACGACCUCACCAGCUCCUUCCGCCAGAAACUCGACAACAUGCGUCCAGCCGCGCAGCUUGACGCGUCGCAGUACGGACUGUUCUUUGCCUCUGCGGGACACGCCGCGCUCAUCGAUUACCCCACAGCGUCUGCGCUGCAGGGGAUCGCGGAGACUGUCUGGGCGAAUGGGGGCGUUGUCUCGAGCGUCUGUCAUGGACCUGCUAUCUUUGCGAACUUGAAGGACACGGAGACCGGGGAGCCGCUGAUCAAGGGGAAGAAGCUUACGGGGUUCACGACGGAGGCGGAGAGUACGAUGGGGAUUAUGGGGGAGCUGAGGGGGUUGGGGGCCGAGAUGGUGCAGGAGCUGGCGGAGCGGUUGGGGGCUAAGUAUGAGCGAUCUGCUGGCAUCUGGGAUGACUUCCAUGUUGUUGAUGGGCGGCUGGUUACGGGGCAGAACCCGGCUAGUUCGACUUCUACGGCCAGGGCUGCGAUUGAGGUGUUUGAGAAGCUUUAA